ACUGAAUCAGUAGACGUUCAAGUGUACGGUCGUGAAUCCACUUCGAAAGUUUCGACUUUUCGCGAUUUUUUAUUUUUAUUUGUUUCACAUGAGUGGCACUUAAGUGACAUUUUCGUUACGUGUCUUAAAGUUUACAAUUACAUAUGUUGGUUAUAUGUGAUGAGAAAAUGAUAUAUCACCGCUAAACAAUUAAUAAAGGUCUUUGUGAUUUUAUAUCAAACAAAUUUGUUUUCGAGCAGCUUUACAGAGAAAGAAAAAUUUAAUUUAUUUUUAACAAUUUUAAAUGAAAGUGUCAAGAAUCAAAUUGCUGCCAAAUUCCUUAAAAUAAAGUCAGGAAAUAAUAUGUGAUCAGUGGAACCAAUCGUCUUGUCAAAGUGUUCUAUCUAAUUGACGAUAAAUCAAAACUUGAGAGUGACAUGGGCCAAAUAUUUGUUCACAGGCUCAAGAUAUUUGUCAAAUAGAUUUUUCUCACGAAAUAUAUUAAGAAAAUCAAGAAAAUUGUCGUCUGAUGUUUCGAGGAAUUUGUUAAAUAUUAAUAAGAAGCAAUGUCUGAGCAAGGCAAAAGGAUCUUUGCGUCAUCUGGAAUCUCAUCAUCACUUGACACUGUGUUAGCAACAACUUUAGGAUCAAAUUAUCAUAAUAGACUGACAAAUUGCAAAAAAAGCAAUUCAAACUUGAUAAGUGAAAAAAGUUUAAGUAAUAACUCAUCGAAAAGUUCAAGUGGUUGCAGCUUGUCAUUAACAAACCAUACUAUCAAUAAUAGUGUCAAUAACAAUUCAACUUCAAAUCAAUUCCCGCAUCACCAAUUUUAUAGUAGUCAAAUUUCAACGUCAGCCAACUGGAGCAGUAAUUACAGCUCAAAAAAGAGAAUCAUGCAUUUUCCGCUCACUUGUUCUGAUUCCGAUUUGUGUUUAAAUAAAUUAAUUCAACCACCACAACCACAACAACAACCGCCUCUAGAAGUCGGGGAGAAAUUAUCGAACAAAACUGAUCGUUUACUUAUCGAAAUUGAUGAAAAUCUUGAAACAAGUCGCGACAAUUUUCUUUUGAGUUCAGCAACACAAUCGAACGGCAGUGCUCGUAUUGUGCCUGCAACCACUCAACGACCAACUCCUUCCAUCUCUUCUGGAGGUGGAAAAAAGCUUCGAUAUCAAGUGGAAAACGAUAACUUAUUGUUGUUUAGUAAAUUCUUUAAUCGUACAACAUCAAAUAUUUCACAACCACAGAGAAGACCGCCAGGAUUGGGCAGCAACUUAAUCAUGUCACAAACAACCGACGAAUUCCAUUCACCAAAUUAUUUAUCAUGGCGAAAACUGCAGUUAAGUAGGGCGAAGUUAAAAGCAUCAAGCAAAACAUCUGCCUUGUUGUCAGGAUUUGCUAUGGUGGCAAUGGUGGAAGUUCAAUUGGAUAACGACACAAAAGUGCCGAUUGGAAUGCUUAUCGCCUUUUCUGUUUGCACGACACUCCUUGUUGCCGUUCAUAUGUUGGCUUUGAUGAUAAGUACCUGCAUCUUACCGAAUAUUGAGACUGUUUGUAAUCUCCACAGUAUAUCGUUAGUACAUGAGUCGCCUCACGAAAGACUUCAUUGGUACAUCGAAAUAGCGUGGGCGUUUAGCACAUUAAUUGGAUUAGUGUUGUUUCUAAUCGAGAUUGCAAUACUUUGUUGGGUGAAGUUUUACGAUUUGUCACAAGCAGCUGCGUGGUCGGCUUGCAUUGUUCUUAUUCCCGUACUGAUAAUUUUCUUAGCAUUUGCAAUUCAUUUUUAUCGUUCAUUGAUGACACAUAAAUACGAAGUGUCAGUUUCGGGUAUUCGUGAAUUGGAAAUUCUUCGUGAACAAAUCGAGCAGGAUCAUCAAAUCAACGACCAACAACGUCAACGAAACAUCAACGGCUUCAAUUAUUCAACAGCUGGGACUGAAGUUGUUUAAAGGAACCGAGAUUGAUAUUCGAUGAUGACUUAAAAUUCACUCAACUACUUAAAUUAUUUUACUUAAUCUCAAAAACAUCAACAAAUCGUUUCAACGAUUUUUAAAGGUUUUAGAAAGAAAAAUGAAAUCUCCAGAAAUAAGUGAUAUUAAAGAAAGAAAAUUUUAAUCUUCAACGAGAAAUAAAAGUCGAAUCCACCAAUUGAUUAAAUAAAAUUGAAAUCACGUCAAUUCGACCACAAACUUAUUUAUUUUUUAUCACAAUUUUAAUUUACAAUAAGAAGAAUAAGAAGAAAGUUUUUUAUAAACAUGAAAGCAUAAAAGAUCCGUAAGAAGUUAUAAUUAUUUAAUCCACAAGUCAAUAAACUUUAAUUCGUUUUCUUCAUUCCCGUCUUUUAUGUUAAACGAAUGAUAGAAGAAAAGAAUAAAAAAUGGAAAGUUUUUAAAGAAAUGUUUUCAUCAUUUCAAUUUAAAAUGUUGCAUCACGACCAACAAACUCGUAGAAAUCCAUUUCUUCCAGAUUUAUUUGAAGAUUCAUGUCAUCAGAUGUUGAAGUCUUCAAUUGUUUGUAGAAACAUGUGACACCUUUCUCAAUACUUUGAAAUUGAAUGGACUCAAGCUUUGGUAAGUUCACAAUGGAAAAUUGUAAGAUUUGUUUACUCAACUGUCGAAUCUUGAAGCUUUUAAGAUUUGGUGUAGCUCGAAGGAACGUUAAGACGUGACACGAUGGGUUGAGGUAGAAAUUGAUCUCUUCAAUCGUUUGAUUAAUUGGAAGCACACGAUUGCACAUCGCACCUUUGAAACUGCACUCCAUUAUGAAAAGUUUCUUAAAGCUUCCAUCACUCCAAAGAUCUAAGAAGACCUCGAUGUCUUGAAGACACAACACUUUCAACCAUUCGAGACUCUUCUGAUAUUUCACGAACUUCACAAAGUUCGCCUUCACCUUAUCUGUAAAGCUCGAACUUGUUUUUCCAAAUGCAAAAGUUUUUAGAUCAAGAUGAAUAUUUUGUGUCAAGUCCGAUUGAAAUGUACAAUCGAUUUCACACAGCCAAAGACUUUCAAUCUGACGAUUUUCUCUGAGAAAAUCAUGAAUGAUGUUUGUAGGAACGAGAAAUUCUGUUAACACUUCAGCACUGAACGAAAGAAGAACUUUUGUGAGUUUUGGAUUUGAUCCCAGGAAUAUUGAAAAAGCUGAUCGAUCAACGACAGUUAAUUGAAGUUCCUUGAGCUUUGGGAAAUUAAUUGCUUUAUAUUUAGCUGGCUUCGUAGUUGAAGCUUCACCUGGAUGUAAUUGCUCAAUUGUCGGUGCCAUUGACAUCAUGAACUGCACGUAAUCUUCGUGUUCUAUCUCCUCGUUGUGAUUGUCUGUAAUCAUCGCAAUCUUUGGUCUAAAUUUAUUUAUAACCUUGGCGAGUUUCGCCCUUGACCCAGGUUGAAUGCGGAAAUUCUCAUAUUUUCUUGCUGACCUUUCAAGAACAUUAAUUUGAGUUGAUGGAUUGUCGAUGUUCAACCAAAUGUGUUGCAUGCAUUCACUAGACGAUCCAAUAGUUUUGAACCACAAUUUUGAAACUAAUGAACUUUUAAUGACAUCAGUGGCAUUAAAAUGUUGAAAAAUUAAAUCGUGGACGUCUGCAACUAAAAUCCCAAAUGGAUCCAUUAACACUUUUUCUAAUUUUCAAUUCAACUUUAUAUUAAUUCAGCACAAAUCUUGAGGAACUUGCUUCGAAUCGAAAUGAAAUUUCACUGAACU